CGAAGUUUCGUCGUCUUCCUUCCUCCUCCUGUGUGUAUUAAUAGCCAUACAACUCUCUGACUCCACUUCUCACACCUCCUCCUUCCUCUAAAAAAAUAUAAUCAAAUCUAAAAGCCCCACCCAACCAUGGCCGAUAUCAUACUUGGCGGAAUAACCGAUUCUCCAGGAACCGUGAACGGCGUCGAAACCAUAAUCCUCGCUCGCUUCGCCAUCGGAGAACACAACAAGGAGCAUAAUGGUCUGCUUGAGUUUGUGAGGGUGGUGAAUGAAAAGCGGCAAAUGGUUGCUGGGAUGAAUCACUAUUUGACUAUUGAGGCCACCGACGCGGGCAAGAAGAAGCUCUUUGAAGCCAGGGUCUAUGUGAGGGCUUGGGAGAACUUCAAGAAAGUGUCGGAGUUCAAGGAAGUGAAGUCCACGGAAUUCCGUAUAAAAAACAUAAAUUUGUUUCUUCUUUUGUUUUUUUAUUUUUUUGUUUUUAUAAUUACCUGGUCAUUUCUUCGGAAAACAUAAAUUUUUUAGUAAAAGGAUGAUAAAGAAAUCCACAA